AGCAACGAGACGGAGAGAGAGAGAGAGAGGAUGUGUGUCCAUGUCCUGCUGCUGUCGAUCGCCCUGAGCUGCUCAGCUGAAGAUGCCGCCCCUCCUCCUUCUCCGGUGAUGUAUCUGAACUCCGAGCUUCAGCCAAACCAGACUGAGGAGCUUUUAACCGUCGGCUCCGGCUUCAACCUGAGUUGUCAUGGUAACGGUCCAGUCCGUUGGUUCAGCACAGCGUUUAAUCUACGUUAUGAUGACCUGACGGACACGGUGGAAGUGAAGCAUUCAAACCUGAGGCAUACCGGAACGUACCGCUGUGGGUACAAGAACCGCAGUCUGGAGCACGUGGACGCCUGGAUCCACCUCUACGUCAGCGAUCCGGCCGACCCCUCCAGCCUGUUCGUCACGCCCAUCAGUCUCCCUGUCAUGAGGGAGGGGCGGGACUUCCUGUUCGAGUGCCUGCUGACCGAUCCCUCGGUCACAAAGCUGACCUUCCGGUUGCAGGUGGAUGGUGGGCGUGGCCUGCCGAGGGGCAUGAAUGUGACCCUCGACCCCCGGAGAGGAGCCCUGAUCCGAGGCCUGAGAACGUCCUACAGCGAAACAUACGUCUGCUCGGCCUGGAGGGACAACACGGAGCUCAGCUCCGCCCCCUUCACACUGCUGGUCAUCCCCCGGUAUCCUCUUCCCUCUGUGUCUAUCAAUCCUGAUGAGUUUGUCCGUCUGGAGGGAGAGAAGCUGGUGAUCACCUGUGUGACCAGUUACCCCUCCCACUUCUACUUCGUCACCUGGACACACCCACACCUUCAGGCCCUGAACAUCAGCACCAGCCGUCUCUAUAGCAACAGACGACUGUACAUCAACAGCACAGUGACGGUCGCCGCCGUCAGUCACACACACAGCGGAACCUUCACCUGUACUGCUUUUAGCAGAGACGGGGAAACCAAGGCAACGGCAACACUCAGAGUAGUCGGUGGUUCCUACCUGAAGGUCUACCUGCAGCACUCUGACGCUAGCAGCCGCACCGUGGAGCCCAAUGGGAAGCUUGUGGCUAACGUUAGCGCCCACACGGUGGGAGUCGGUGGGGAACCGAGCGCUAACGUUAGCUCUGACAAAACAGAAGUGAAUGGGGUUGGUUGUGCUAACGUUAGCGGUGCUAGCAGGGUGGAUGUGGAUGAAGAUCAGGAUGUGAAGCUGACCUUUGUGAUGGAGGCAUAUCCUCCAAUCAGCUUUCAGCGCUGGACGUCAACACACAACAACACAGCACACCAGGAACACUACUCCGUAAACAACUACAGGGCGGAGGCCAGCCUCCUGCUCCUCAGGGUGCGGCAGCAGGACAGAGGCUGUUACUCUCUUCACUUCUCAUCGUCCGUCUUCAGCGGCUCGCAGAGCGUCCACCUCCGAGUGUCUCGUGCUCCUGAAGUUGCAGUGGAGAUGAGGAAUGGCAGUCUGACCUGUAGCAGCUCUGGAUACCCUUUACCCACAAUCCUCUGGUACAUCUGCCCCGGGGUCAUGGACACGUGUGGUGAUAACGCCACCUAUCAGGUUCCUGAGGCUGAUGGGACUUCAGGUCCAGAGGAGGAGAAGGAGGAGCAGGUGCAGAGAUUUUUGGCCUACACACCGUCCACUAGUGAUGAUGUCACUGUGGAGUGUGUGGCACAGAACCGCGUGGGGUCGUCCCGGGACGCGUUCGUCGUCCACGCUCCUGGGCCCGUUGUGAUGUUGCCUCCCCGCCAGUUUUUCACCCCAACUCUGAUUGGAGCGCUCACGGUGGCCACGUUCCUCCUCCUGCUCCUAUUGGUCGUUCUUUACAAGUACAAACAGAAACCGCGGUACGAGAUCCGUUGGAAGAUCAUUGAGAGUAACCAUGGCAACAACUACACCUUUAUUGACCCCGCCCAGCUGCCAUACAACCAGAAGUGGGAGUUCCCGAGAGACCAACUGCGCCUUGGUGCGGUGCUGGGCUCGGGGGCCUUUGGGAAGGUGGUGGAGGCCACGGCUUUCGGUCUGGGAACCAACCAGGUGACCCGAGUCGCCGUCAAGAUGCUGAAACCCAGUGCUCAUUCAGAAGAAAGGGAAGCUUUGAUGUCGGAGCUGAAGAUUCUCAGCCAUCUUGGUUACCAUGACAACAUUGUUAACCUGCUGGGCGCAUGCACACGUGGAGGACCCAUGCUGAUGAUCACGGAGUACUGUAGCCAUGGCGACCUGCUCAACUUCCUGCGGGAGCGAGCCCAGGACUUCCUGUCCGUCAUGCAGAGCGAGGAGGAAGCGGAGGAGGCGGAGCCGUACAAGAACACGUCCGCCCUGCCGGCGCGAGUCCGAACUGACAGUGGGAUCUCAUGCUGUUCAGAGUAUCAGGAGAUGCAGCCAGUCUUCUCCAGUCAGACGGACGGCGGUGGGCAGACAGACAGCUGGUGCUUUGAUGACCUCAUGAGGUUUUCCUACCAGGUCGCCCAGGGUUUGGAAUUCCUGUCCUCCAGGAACUGUAUCCAUAGAGACGUAGCAGCGAGGAACGUCCUGCUGACGAAUCGUCGCGUUGCUAAGAUCUGUGACUUUGGCCUGGCGAGGGACAUCCGCGACGACGACAGCUACAUCGUCCAGGGCAACGCGCGGCUGCCGGUCAAGUGGAUGGCUCCAGAAAGCAUCUUCCAGUGUGUUUACACAGUUCAGAGCGACGUCUGGUCCUACGGGGUUUUACUGUGGGAGAUCUUCUCUCUGGGUAAAAGUCCCUAUCCCAACGUUGUUGUGGACACCAAUUUCUACAAGAUGAUCAAAGAUGGCCGCCACAUGGCUCAACCAGACUUCGCUCCUCCAGAGAUGUAUCAGUUGAUGAUUGGCUGUUGGAGUUUGGAGCCGACACAGAGACCAACCUUCAACACCAUUGGUCAGCUCGUUAAGAAGCUCCUCCCCUCGAGUGAUGAUGCGCUGCGACACCACAGCAACCAGACCUACAGGAACGUCCAGGAGAGCAGAGAAGAAGAAGAAGAGGAGGGCAGAGGAGCGACACUGAAGAGAGGAGAAGAAGAAGGAGAGCCCGGGGAGGAGGAGGAGGAGGUGAUGAAGAACAUCUACCAGCUGUCCUGAGGACGUGUUUGUUGUUGUUGUUUUUGUUUGUUUGCACAAGAGAGUCGAUGGAAACAGAUGAUUUAAUGAAUGAUGUCAUACUAGAUAGAUACACUGACUGAUUGAUUGAUUGAUGAUUGAUUAUUGAUGAUUGACUGAUUGAUUGACCUUACUUAUGCCUCAUAGAUCUGAUUGAUUUUGUGUUUAGCGUCAGUUUGUUAGUAAACAUCUGCAGCACGUUGCCAUAGCGACGCCAAUCAGCUGACAGACAGGUGGAGCUGUGCGUUACCAUGGCAACAACACAGGCCUCCACAAAGCACGUCCUGCUAACAGGCUAACGCAGCUAAUGGAGCAUUAGCAUGUGAACGGUAACAUUAAUUUGAAAAUCAAAAUGUUUUUUUAUGAGUCACUGUAGCCAAAAUGUAACUGAUUACAUUUACUUCACACUGUAAUCUGAUUACUUUAAUCCCAGUCCAUUUAAUCCUCUACCACCUGCCUGAGACCGUACAUGCCUACAGAUCUGUACAGAUAUAGAUCUGUACAGAUAUAGAUCUGUAUAGAUGCAACAUUGUGUUUCUCUA